AUGAUUUGUGAUGAAAUUGCGGGAGGCAAAUAUUGUAUUGUUGUUGAUGAAGCACAAGAUAAGUCUAAAACAGAGCAAAUGGCUCCUGUUUUAAGAUAUGUCAAGCAUGAUGGUUUGUUAAUGGAACGUUUUUUUAGCAUUAUGGGAGUUGAAAACACAUCAGCAGUUACGCUUAAGGAUGCAAUAUCUGAUAUUCUUGUUCAGUUUAAUCUUUUAAUUCAAAAUUUGAGAGGUCAAGGGUACGAUGGUGCUAGUAAUAUGCGUGGUGAAUGGAAUGGACUACAAGCAUUAUUUUUUAAAGAUUGCCCAUUUGCUUAUUAUGUCCAUUGUUUUGCUCAUCGACUACAACUAGCAUUAGUUGCAGCAGCAAAUGAUGAGCCAAAUAUUUGGCAAUUCUUUUCUCACCUAACUUGUAAACGUGAAUCCAGUAAAGGGGCUAAUCAGAUUGGCACAUUGCAUCGAGCUGGAGCAACUCAUUGGAGCUCACAUUAUGAUUCUGUGAAGGAUUUGAUUGAUAUGUAUACUGCAUCCUGCACAGUUGUUGAAAGUCUUAGAAAGGAUGGACAAAGUCAACAUAUACGUGGGCAAGCUUUAGGUGUGUACAAGUUGAUAGAGUUAGAACAUAGAUUCAGAAAUGAAGUAGUGGAACUUCUUACUCUUAGCUCGACUUUGGAUCCUAGUGAUUAUUUUAAAUCUUUUAACAUGGAAAAGAUAUGCAUUCUUGCUGAGAAAUUCUAUCCUUGGGAUUUCACUAGUCAAGAUGUUAAAACAUUGAAGCAUCAGUUGAUGCAUUAUCAGCUUGAUGUACCUAGUGAUCCCAAGUUUCAGAAUAUUUCUUCUCUUACUGAUUUAAGUCGGGAACUAGUUGUAAGCAGGAAGAUUGAGUACUAUCCUUUGGUUGACAGAUUGAUUCGUCUUGUGUUGACUCAACCUGUUUCUACAGUAACUACGGAGAGAGCAUUUUUAGGCAUGAGACGUGUUAAAACAGUGAGGCGUAGCAAGAUUGGAGAUGAAUUUCAUGCUGACUUCAUGACCAUCAACCCUGAACGGGAACUUAUUUGA